AUGUCCGUGUUCUCGACCAUCACGACGGCACCGGCCAAGCAGUCGGUGAGCGAGACUAUCCCCGUGCUCAGUGGCCGGCUGAGCACGGCGACGCUUCUCGAAGACCGACGCGCCGCCAUCUUGGGACUACGCAGCUUCGCCAAGCAGUACCCAGCCUCGGUCGCGUCUGGCGCCCUUCGCAGCUUGAUCGGUAGUCUAAGCCGCGAUGGCGAGGAUGUGGACACGGUCAAGGUCGUCCUCGAGACUCUGCUGAUGCUCUUCACGCCCGACCCAGACAGUCCCGAGGCCUCGGAGGAGAUUGCCCUUUGGGUGGCUGACGAGUUCACCCAGCGGCACGAGAAUAUUGCCUUAUUGCUCGACUUCUUGGGAGGGGAUAGGACCGACUUCUACUCGCGCCUCUACUCGCUGCAGCUGCUGUCGGCCAUCUUGUCUGCGCGGACCGAGAGGACCGAGGAAUGUAUUGUCAACACGAACGAGGGCAUCCCCCGCAUUGUUGCUGUUCUGGAGGAUCCGAGGGAAGCGAUUCGCGACGAGGCAAUCGGUCUGCUCACCGACCUUACCCCGACGUCGGUCGUGAUCCAGAACCUGGUUACGCUGGAAAAGGGGUUCGCGCCCAUAUUCGAGAUCAUCGCCAAGGAGGGCGGUCUUGCGGGUGGUGCAAGGGUGGUGGAGGACUGUUUGAUCCUGCUGGCCAACCUGCUCCGGCUCAAUACCCUGAAUCAGACCAUGUUCAGGGACAUGGGGUUCGUUGCAGAGACAGGUCGCCUCUUAAGGGACGCGUACAAGGGAGGCGAGGACGGUGAAGAGGUCGCGCAAUGGGUGGAAGUACAGCGCAACAGGAAUGUGUAUGCCAUGCUCGCGGUAAUACGACUGUUCCUUGUCCCCGGCGCUGCAGCGACAGCCAUGAAUCAGGAAACCUUCCUGGGCGACAUUGUGGCAGGCGGUCGCGUGCGCGCGCGUGGUGGUCCUGUCUUGGAGAACACUCUACAGAUCGCCUUUUCCCACACAGCUGAGCUCCCCAUCAAAUGUGAAGCGCUACUAGCAUGCGCAGACAUGAUUAGGGGGAACUCUAAAGUGCAGGAGCGGUUUGCUGCCCUGCAAGUACCAUCACCUCUCGAUCUCCCUGCUGCCAACGGGCGGCGGGCUCAGACGAACGGAAUCCCAAAGGUGUUCGUUGUUGACGGUCUCCUUGAGCUUGUCUUUGCGGUAAACUCAUUGCAGGAAUUUGACCUGCGGAUGGCUGCUUGUACAUGCCUCAAGGCCUACUUCUAUAAGCAUGCCCAGAUCCGCAUGCAUUUUCUAGACCAUGCCGUCCGGUCUCACAACAUGAAGGCUGGCGACUUCACCAAUGCUCUCUCGAUCCUUCUCCAACCGAACCCUGAGCCGAUCACGACAGACCCGUACCGGUACUGGUUCGCAGCGGUUAUCAUGCUCCACCUCGUGCAUGACAACCCCGAAACCAAAGCGCUGGCCAUGAGCGUGACAGAAGGCGACGAAGAAAGCGGCGAGGAGGUUGUCACCAGCAUCCAGACCAUCACGGCACACCUCCUCAGCAGCGUUACUAAAUCCGAGGACCCGCGCAUCAGCAUCGGCUAUCUUAUGCUGCUUCUGUGCUGGCUCUUUGAAGACCUCGAUGGGGUCAACGACUUCCUUGGCGAGUUCACCAACCUCCAGGGGCUGAUCCAAGCGGCAAUAGAGAACCCCAACGGGGAUGUAAUCGUCCAAGGCCUGAGCGCGAUGCUAGCCGGUGUUGUGUACGAAUUUUCCACAAAAGACUCACCUGUCCCCCGUGCAAAGGUCAGGGAAAUGAUCCUGUCGCGCAUGGGGCGUGACCGCUACUUUGACAAGCUGUCCCGGUUGCGCUCCCAUCCCUUGAUGAGGGAUCACGAAGUCCUCCCCCAAAAGCUAGACACCAGCAACCCAGACCAAAAACUGCCCGACGUCUUUUUCGACGACACAUUUGUUGACUUCUUCAAAGACAACUACAGCCGCAUCUUGCGCGCCAUUGAUCGCGAGCCGGACGCGGAAACCUCCGUCAUAACCAACGGCGUGCAAAAGGGCGUCUCAAGGCAGCUAGUCGACUCGCUCCGCGCCGAACUCGCCGAGAAGGACCAGGCCCUGCAACAGGCCGCGUCCCAAACCGCCGCCCUCACGGGGCAAUUGACACAGGAACAAUCCGCGCACGCGCAGACCAAGUCCGACGCGGCCGCCGCCCUCGCGCGCGCAAACGAAUCCCUGACCGCGCUGCGCGCCCAGCUUGCCGCCCGCGACAGCGCCGUCCAGGCCGCCGAGGCCGCUGCGGCCAACCUCACGCGGCAGCUCGCGCAGGAACAGCAGGAGCACCAGCGGGCGCGGGCCGAAGUGGGGCGUCUGCAGACGGCACACGACGCGCUGUUGCGCGCCCACGCUCAGGAGCUCGCCGCGCUGCGUGCCGAACACGCCCGCCAGGCCGACGCGGCCCGCCGUGUCGCGGACCAGGAGGCCGAGCGCCUCCGCCGCAGGGCCGAGGCCGAACAGGCAGACCUCAAAGCCACCAUCAGCCGGCUCGAGGUGGAUCUCAUGAAGGCCAACAAGGCGCGGCAGGCGGUUGAAGGGAAGGUGGUGGUGCUGGAAGCAGAAACUGCGCGGCUUGCGGGUGUGGAGGAGAAGUUGGAGGUUGCUGAGCGGGAUGUUAAGGGGUUGCAGGAGAAAGUCAAGCGUGCAGAAGAAAAGGCUAGGCUUGCGGAGCAAAGAGUUGAGGAGAGAGAGGCGGAGGUGGGCGAGCUACGGGACAAGGUGGACGCUAAGGAGGAGGAGAGGAAGGCUCUUCAAAGUGAGCUGGAUGAUUUGUUGAUUGUCUUUGGUGAUCUGGAGGAGAAGGUUACCAAGUAUAAGGAGCGACUCAAGGCGCAUGGGGAAGCGGUGUCUGAUGGGGAGGAGGAUGAAGAUGGCGAUGAGAAGGGGGAGGAAGAGGAUGAGGAGGAGGAGGGAGAUGAUGAUUAG